AUGUCAAGAUCCAGACAUUUAAGUGUUACUUCAGUGAUCUCACAAACAGGAAUCUUGUGUUUGCCACUAUUCCAGCUGGUGCUAUCGGACUCACCAUGUGAAGAAAAUGAAAUGUGCAUAAACUAUAAAGAUCAGUACACAAACGGCUGGUAUCUCUGGAUCUUGCUGCUAAUUUUCCUGGUGGCUCUUCUCUGUGGAGCAGUGCUCUUCUGCCUCCAGUGCUGGCUGAGGACACUCCAAAAUGGUCCCCGAAGACACACCAUGGCUGUUUUUGCUGUUGGAGACUUGGACCCUGCUUAUGGGACAGAAGCAGCUGUGAAUCCAGCUGUUGGAACCCACCUUCAGACUCAAAACCCUGAACUGUAUCGUGUUCCAUGUUUUCGUGCUUUAGACCCCCCACCUCCAUAUGAAGAAAUUCUAAAAUCAAGCCGGUUUUAG